GAAAAGUAAAGCGUCGGAAGAGCCACUGACGUGGGAAGAUGUAGAGAAAAUGAAAUUCUCAUGGAAUGUGGUGCGAGAAUCGCUGAGGCUGUCGUCGCCUACUCAGGAAACCUUUAGAGAAGUCACCAACGACUUUACCUUCGCCGGUUACACCAUUCCUAAGGGAUGGAAGGCACUCUGGUCAAUGCAUUCAACGCACAAGAAUCCAGAAUAUUUCCCAAAUCCAGAAGAGUUCGAUCCUUCGAGAUUCGAAGGAAGCGGGCCUCCGUCGUACACAUUCACACCUUUCGGAGGAGGACCUCGAAUGUGUCCUGGAAGGGAGUAUGCGAGGCUGGCGAUGCUGGUUUUCCUUCACAACAUUGUGACCAAAUUCAAGCUAGAGAAAGCUUCUAAAUGGCAUAACACAACAUAUCGUUCAAUGUCCCCAGCUUCAAAAGCUGCCUUAAAAGUUCGUGUUCGGCCUCAUGCAAAAUAAAUUAAUCACCCACCAAGAAACAAAAAGAAGAAAUAAAUAAAUUACUCAGCAGCAGUUGCUCAUCACUUCAAUAUUAUUCUUAGCUUUUAUCUAUAUGUGGUGUUGUUUUAUUAGGUUUUUAUGUGUGUUUUUGGUUAGUAUUCAGUGUUGAUCAAUAAUAAGUUCCAUGUACUUACCACCUCACUUGGGUGCCAUGCCCCAUGGGAGGC